AUAAACUAUGCAUCUUAAAGUUACUAUGCCACUGUUGUGCUAAUCACACGUAUGUUAUUAGUUGUCUUAGUAGCGAGCUAGCUAGUUAGCAGGCAAUAAUAUUGUGGCCUAUAUUGCAAAGUGACUGAGGAAGCUUGAGGCGCUAGCGCCAAAGCGAAGUAGCCCUACUAACAAGUUUGGUGAAAUGUGCAAACGAAAGUAACGUUGGUGUUUUGUCACGUCUGUGUUGUUUGAUGCGAGCUAGAAAUUAUUGUUGAAUUAUGCUACUGCUUUUGGGAAGACGCGUCUAAUGUAGUAAGGAUGCGUUGACAGCAAAAUAUUACAGCAACACAGACAGAACAAUGUUUGCAGCGAUUUGCUAACAGUUAGCUAACUAGCUUCAAACAGGCCGUAAAGGUUUGCCGAAUUGUCAAGGAAGUGCAGAUAAAGUUAAACUUCCGGUCGCAGCCUUCAGAUUAAAGUAUUUAGCGAGGCACUUAUAAUAAUGUAAGGGUAGUCUUAAAUCAGUUAUAACGACAUAUCGAAUUGACUCGACAGAGGUUGUGAGAGAGCAUUAUGUAUCUGUAUUGGUUUUAAGCUUAGUUGGAAAGUUUAUUCUGUUUGUUCUAAGCAGUGUAAUGUUGAAGUGAUGAACGAGCUUUAAUUUUGAAGGCAUAUCCGCCUCUUGUCCUCCGUUUCUUCAGCCGGUGUAAAUGCGAUGUGACAGGCGCGACUGGCUAGCUGGCUAGCGAGAGACAUAACCCACUUAACCUAAGUGACACAACUACUCUAUGUAAGAUGAACACUGAGGACAAGCUGGAGGGUAUGCUGCUGAAGUGCAGCAGUGGAGGAAUAGAUGGAGGGGGGAGAGUUGGGCUCGUUGGUGGAGGAGGACUGGUGGUGAUGACUCUGGGGGAACGAUCACUUGCAAACCACCCUCUGUUGGCCGAGGAUGACGACAAUGAAGACGAAGAUGAGGACUUGACUGGCAGCUCGCUGGUUACACAUGACCUGGUUCCUCCGGAGCAGCUGAUGAUGCAGGAGGAGAUAACAAAGAACGGUGAAGGAGGAGAAGAGGAGGGAGGAGGCGAGGUGGGAGUGCAUUUCCCCCUAAAACUCACCAAUAAGUUGCCCUACUUGCUUCAUAUGCCACUGGGCAUCAAGCAGGAACUGAAGCUGUCAGAGCCACCGCUCCAGAUAAAGAAGGACAAAAAAGGAGUGAAAGACCUGAUGAUGUGUCCCAAGAAGAAAAAAAGGAAGCAGCGUUCGCCAGCAAAGAUUCUCAGCAUCAAUGAGGAUGGAUCACUAGGUAUACAAAACCCCAAGUGUCACAUCUGUGUUCAUUGUAACGCUGCAUUCAGAACCAACUACCAUCUACAGAGGCAUGUCUUCAUUCACACUGGUGAGAAGCCAUUUCAGUGCAGCCAGUGUGAUAUGCGCUUCAUUCAGAAAUAUCUUCUCCAGAGACAUGAGAAAAUCCACACUGGUGAAAAACCUUUUCGUUGUGAUGAGUGUGGGAUGAGGUUCAUUCAGAAGUACCACAUGGAGAGACACAAGAGGACUCACAGUGGAGAGAAGCCCUACCAGUGUGACUACUGUCACCAGUACUUCUCCAGAACAGACCGAGUUUUAAAGCACAGGCGAAUGUGUCAUGAGAACAGAGAGAGAAAGACCAACAAGGCAGCUGGUAAAGUUGGGCCUUUGCAUGAAGGAGAUUCUUUAGGCCUCCCCUUUCUUGCCAAAGAGAGUUCAUUGCCCAAGAAAAAGCGCCAGAAGUGCGCAGACAAGAGUUCAGGUGCUUCCACUGCUGCCCAGACAGAUAGCAACGUUGUCACUGUUGUAGAAACGGUGGACAAGGAGGAGCAGAGGCGGAGUAAAAUUGAAGGUCUACCUCUCUAUGCUGUGCCCUCCAAAGUCAAACAUGAGUAUGUGAUUGCAGACUAUUCUGUGGAACUCACUGAAGAAACAACUAGUCAAAACCAGGAGGGAGAUGUGUCAACAGAAGACACUACUUCUCCCAAACUAGUUCUGAAGAAAAUCCCCAAGAGGAGUCUUAAACAGUCCAGUGAACAAACUCCUCCCUGCUUGUCCACGUUGUCUUCCUUUGAAGAAAAUACGAAGGUCACGCAGUACACCUUCGAAAUCGUGGACAAGCAAGGCCUGUUGGAUGUAGAAAGCAACACCGAACUCGAGUCAGUUGAAACUCUUCAAGGAGGACCAGCGAAGCCAGCAACCAGCAGCACAAACUACGAUGACGCCAUGCAGUUUCUUAAGAAGAAACGUUAUCUUCAGGCUGCAGUGGCCAACAGCAGUCGGGAUUAUAGCCUGAACACGAGCAGCAUUUCUUCUCAGCCGCCUGUUACACAAACUGUUGUGUCAACUGUCAUCGACGAGACUGUCCCUGCCACCAUUCUGGAGCCUCAGCCCAUCAACGCGGAUAUUAAAGCAACACAUGACAAGAACGUAUUGCCAGAUGAGGUUCUUCAGACGCUGUUGGACCAUUACUCCAACAAAGCCAAUGGGCAGUCAGAUAUUUCCUUCAGUGUGGCCGACACAGAGGUGACAUCAAGCAUUUCCAUUAACUCCUCUGAUGUUUCAGAGAGCAGCCCCGUGGAGAGCCUUGGAGCUUCUAGUGUCCAGGCUCAGCCAGCUACUGAGAAGGUCAGCCUUUUGCAAGAGUACUCCAAGUUUCUCCAGCAAGCAUUGGAGAGGACCAGCCAGAACGACAGCUACCUGACCAGCCAGAGCCUCAGCUUGGUCUCUGAAAACCCCACCUUAGCUGGACAACCUUUGUUCUCCACUGAGAAACAGUUUCCUUCCCCCAGCAGGUUCAAAUCAGGGAUGAGUUCUCCACUAAGGUCCACUUUAGAGAAACCUCACUUUGGAUUACUGGUCGGGGACUCCCAGCACUCAUUUUCAUUUUCAGGUGAUGAGACCACCCCUCCCUCCGAAGUGUCCCCAGCGGAGGAAGACUUUCUGGAGCAGGUCUCGCCCUCCAAAAAGACAGACUCUUCACAAGGCAUACUGCAGACUUUUCAAAUUAGCUCCUUUGACCAGAACUUCAAAUCUCAUUUCCAGGCGUCAAGAUCUGGAUCCUCCUCACAAUUUACUGUUGCCAAUGGACAAUUAAGUCUUCGAGGACACAGCACAGAUUUCUCAGAAUUCCCUUUAGUCAGAGUCACUGAGACAAGGUCUCAACUGAACUCCUCUCCUGAUGUUUCAUCCAGUGAAACUUUUGGCUGAAGGGAGAGGUGUAUGUGUGCGUGGAGGGAUGCAUUUCUGUUUAUAAUUUCAGCAGCACUUUAUCUCAUGUGUCCUGUUUUGCCAAAACAAGUCCCAUUGCAACUUUUUAAAAGCAUUUUGUUCUAAAACAAGUUAAUGGUUUUUUGUUUUUUUUUGUUGUUGUUGUUAAGCGCAACCUCAUAGAUUUAAAAUACUGAAAAUUGAUAAAUCAUAAUUAGCAUUACCCCUUUAAAAAAUGGAUUGUAAUUGUGUUUGGGUAUAUUUCUUGCUCCAGAAUGUACACUAAAAGAUUAAGUGACCAAAGUGUAAUACAAGGGAGCGAGUAGAGGUCGUAGAGUUUACCUUCAUUGUUUUGUCAAUCAGUUUGCCUUGCACAAAAAAAUGGUCAAGUAACACUUGCUGCUUUAUGCAACAUUUCCACUUAUUGAAAUAUGGGCCCCUAGUUAUGUAUGCCAUUUUGCUCUUACUGCAUCUACCUCCCUUUUAUUCCAGCUGUAUAUCUCCUGUUAUAUUGUCUACUGAAAUGACACCAUGAUUAGAUCAUAACUGAUGCUUCGCUUUACAUUGAAGUGACUUUACUGUCAAUUGAAAUGAGUGUUUUCACAUCUUAUGCGUUAUGAAUGCCACAGUAAAGAUUAAACUGAUUGUAUUUUUCAGAUAUGGAAUCUUAAUUUAUUUUCCAUUGAGAGAUUAGGCCUAAUUUUGUUGGCAUGAUGGCCAAAAGGAAGAAAUUAUAGUUCUCAUUCAUCAUUUGUUUAACAUUGUGUGGGUUAAUGCAAUCCCUUUGAAUUUCUUGAAACUGAUUCUUUUACAAAUGUGACUCUAGUGCAGGAUAGGCUGUGUAAUAAAAAGGCUGGGAUGUAUUAGAUGUAAAAAGUUGUAAAAGUUCCUCACAACCCCCAAAAAGAUUUGGGUAUCAAAUAGCUGCACACAUGUAAUGGUUGCAGGAUAAUUCUUAAUUUCCUUCAGAAGUAUAGAUGAAUUGUAGUGAAUUUACUUAAAAAGAUUGUGCUUAAUCCUUUGCACAAUUUGCACACUUUUCACUACAGGGAAUGUAGUAUUGCUUUCACAGUGGAGUUGAGAUGAGAUUUCUGGGACUGACUUGUCAGCGGAAACCCUUGUGUUGGAUGUGUGUAAUUAGAUGUUUUUUUUUCUUUCGUCACUUAAAACGUAGCUCUUGUAGAUGCCGUUUUAUACUACUUUGAUUGUUCUUCUUGAAAAAUGCACAGUUUCUGGGGCAAAAUAAAGGGACUAGACCCCCUCGAAUUGAGUGAAAGUCAAAGUUUUAUUAAGGAUUAGAUUAUGAGAGACAGUACAUGAGGAAAUGAGGUCCUUAGGUUUCCAGUUUUAUUAGUUUUGCAGCCACGUCUUUUUUUUUUUAUAUAUAUGCAUAUAUAUAUAUAUAAAUAUUCCAAGCUUUCCUUUACUCAUUCCUGUUUGAGUGUUUGUUUCUUCCUACGCAGUGCUCUAAGGCUACUCAUUCCACUUGCACAAUAACAACAAACACAUAAGCUAUCAAACUAUUCUGUCUGUAAUACUUUGAGAUCUGGGAGCUUUAUUUAAUUUUGCCCAUCAUAUUUUGUAUUUUUGCAAGAAAUAUAACAGAGGUUAAUUUUCAAACUAUUACCUGUGGUUCGAAGGAAAUGGCAUUUUAAUUGAGUUUCAGUUUGUGUAUAUGAGUACAGAAUUAUGUUUCAGAUAUCUGUAGUUUUGAUAAUUACCACCUAUUUGCUCAGAAUUCAGUUGUAAGCCACAUCUGUUCAGGCCUUGUUGAAGAAAAUAUGAUUGAGUGAAGUCCUUUCUGUACUUCAUCACACUGUUGAUUGUUUUCCAUGUGUACAUGUAUGUGUGAUGUCUGAUGUGCUACUGUGUAAAAUAUGUUUUUAUAUGCACCAUCGAAUUGGGUUUGAAAACUGAUGUUAAGCUCCCUCUUGUUACAAUUUUACUGACAAUCAGGGAUGGACGGCAAGUACGUUAAUCACCAACCAUGCUCUUUUUACUCAUUGAUCAUUCCCACUAGAAUUUAUAGAAAAUAUUCUGCUGUAAAUACAUUGUAUAUUUUUAUGUUCCGAGAAGUACUGUUAGAUCUUUGUGUCAAUAGAGUGACGAAUCUUGUGCAAGAGACACUUCUUGUCAGCGGAAGGCACGUUAAUUAGUUCUCCGGCAUUUAUUACAAUCAACAAUGAAUCUGUUUCACUUGCUGACGAGAUGUGGCUUUCUGAGAUUUGUGUAUAUACAUCUCACCCCAGAGGAAAAGUGAAACUUUUAUUGAUGAUUGGUUAAAGUGAUUUUUUUUUUUUUCAAUGCAGUUGAUUGAUUUACUGUAUACAGCUGUACCGGUGGUAAUGAAAAGCCCAGCCCCAGAAAAUGUUCACUUGAUUUUAAAGUAAUACUUCACCAUUUUUUUUUUGUUUUGUUUUGUUUUGAUGUUUUUUUUGUUGUUUUUUUGUAUCGAAUACGUAACCUCAGCAGCUCUGGCUGUCAGUGUCAUGUCAGUUAAAGUAGGGUUUUUGAUGGAGUAUAACUCAAACACAUACGUUUUGUGGUUGAAAUAUUCCACUAGCGACCCACUUCACAGUAAGCAGUUAUUGAAAGCACAGUGCAGAUGAGUUAAUUCUGCUUCAGUGUAUUGUAUCUCAUGAAUAAUAUCAGCCGCAUUAUAUAUUUUCUUUCCUUUUAAUUAACUAUUGUCAGUAACCUGGCCAUAAGUGUCCUUGUAUAAGCUAGAGAAAAAAAAAAUAUUUGUUUUGUGUAAAAAGAUCCGAAUUAUGAACUUUUUGAUAAAAACUAUUUUUGAAACAUGUCAUUUAUGGCACUGAUAUGUACAGUAUAUCAUAUGCAGUUAAUAUUGCUACCCUCAUUUAUCUCUGUACAAGUCGUUUGUGUCAAGAUCUUUGAAAUGCAGACGGGAAUCUCCUCGAGUCUGAGCUUCUGACUUUUCUUACGUUUUAAAGAACUUGACGAGGAAGCCCCGCUGCUUCACUGUAUGGUUUGAUCUCAAGUUAGACAGUAAGGUUUAUUUGCAUGGUCUCUAACUUGUUGGGUCGAGUGAACUUGUUUUAUGAAUAAUGUGCAGCUUUAAUUGUAGCUGAGUAAUUUCGGUCAAGUAACCCAUAUGAUUAGAUUUUUUGCAAUAUGUUAUGAUUUGUAAACAAUCUGAUUAAACUGUUGUUUUGAUUGUUGUGUGUCAUGUCCUUAUAAAUAAAAUAAUUCACAGUA